UCGCUGCCCCCAAUGGCGUUCAAGGCCCGGGGCUGGCGGCCCCCGCCGCCGCCGCUGCUCCUGCUGCUGCUCUGGGUGACCGGGCAGGCGGCGCCCGUGGCUGGCCUGGGCCUGGGCCCGGAUGCGGAGCUGCAGAUCGAGCGGCGCUUCGUGCCCGACGAGUGCCCGCGUACCGUGCGCAGCGGCGACUUCGUGCGCUACCACUACGUGGGCACCUUCCCAGACGGCCAGAAGUUCGACUCCAGCUAUGACAGAGACUCCACCUUCAACGUAUAUGUGGGAAAAGGACAGCUGAUUGCAGGGAUGGACCAAGCUCUGGUCGGGAUGUGCGUAAAUGAGAGGCGUUUUGUGAAGAUUCCCCCAAAGCUUGCCUAUGGAAGUGAUGGCGUUUCUGGUGUGAUCCCCCCGGAUUCAGUGCUUCAUUUUGAUGUACUCUUGAUGGAUAUUUGGAAUUCUGAAGACCAGGUUCAGAUUCACACUUAUUUCAAGCCUCCCAGUUGCUCGCGGACCACCCAAGUGUCUGAUUUUGUAAGGUACCACUACAACGGAACGUUCUUGGACGGGACACUCUUUGAUUCGAGUCACAAUCGCAUGAAAACUUAUGACACGUAUGUGGGGAUUGGCUGGCUGAUUCCUGGGAUGGAUAAAGGGCUGCUGGGAAUGUGUGUGGGAGAGAAGCGCAUCAUCACCAUCCCUCCUUUUCUGGCCUACGGGGAAGAUGGAGACGGGAAAGACAUACCUGGACAGGCAUCACUGGUCUUUGAUGUUGCAUUAUUGGAUCUCCAUAACCCCAAGGAUGGCAUUUCCAUUGAGAAUAAGGUAGUGCCUGAAAACUGUGAGCGGAGAAGUCAAAGUGGAGACUUCCUCAGGUAUCAUUACAAUGGCACCCUUCUGGAUGGCAGCUUCUUUGAUUCCAGCUACUCCCGGAACCGUACCUUUGACACAUACAUUGGGCAGGGCUACGUGAUUCCUGGAAUGGAUGAAGGUUUACUUGGUGUUUGCAUUGGAGAGAAGCGGAGGAUUGUGGUCCCCCCUCACUUGGGGUAUGGAGAGGAAGGAAGAGGGAACAUCCCUGGCUCAGCCGUGCUGGUGUUUGACAUCCACGUGAUCGACUUCCACAACCCCUCAGACUCUAUUAGCAUCACCUCCCACUACAAGCCCCCUGACUGCUCUGUGCUGAGUAAGAAGGGGGAUUACCUCAAGUAUCACUACAAUGCCUCACUUCUGGACGGGACUCUGCUGGACUCCACGUGGAAUUUAGGCAAAACGUAUAAUAUUGUUUUGGGGUCUGGACAAGUCGUGUUGGGAAUGGAUAUGGGUCUCAGAGAGAUGUGCGUUGGAGAGAAACGAACGGUGAUCAUUCCGCCCCACCUGGGCUAUGGGGAGGCUGGUGUAGAUGGAGAAGUGCCUGGCAGUGCUGUGCUGGUGUUUGACAUUGAGCUGCUGGAGCUGGUGGUGGGCCUGCCUGAGGGGUACAUGUUCAUAUGGAAUGACGAGGUGUCGCCCAACCUCUUUGAAGAAAUCGACAAGGAUGGCGACGGAGAGGUCCUCCUUAAAGAGUUCUCUGAGUACAUUCAUGCCCAGGUGGCAUCUGGUAAAGGAAAGCUCGCACCCGGUUUUGAUGCUGAGAUGAUCGUGAAGAAUAUGUUCACCAACCAGGACCGGAACGGAGAUGGAAAGGUCACGGCGGAGGAAUUCAAACUCAAAGACCAGGAGGCCAAACACGAUGAACUCUAAACUUGGCAUGGGCCAGUUGGUAC